AUAUAAAAUGCAAUUUGAAAAGUGACUUAAUGAUAGUUCGUGUCGAGAAACAUAAGAAGCACAACUAAUUGUAAAAUAAAUCACAAGAUGAAGUUCGUUUUGGCAAUUUUUAUCGCUUUAGCCGCGAACAGCCUCUCGUAUGCUUUCAAAGUUCCAGCUGUGGGUUCCGGCGCCCUCGCUAAGGAUUUGCAGGAUUUCGUUGACUUGAUACCAUUUCCAGAUCUUAUCAAUCUGACUAAAACAUAUACUGCUCAGGAUAAAGAGUUUAAGACAGCUAUGAACCUGAUGAAAUCUGCCGAAUUAAAACAAUGGCUGCAGUUCGUUGAAUCCAAUCCUGAAUUCACGGUGCUGAUGAAUUUCAUGUUCAGAAACGGUUUAGAUGCUUACAAUCUGACGAAUCAGUUGAACGAAAAAGUGGGCAUUCCACGUAUACCAUUUAUUUUUAGAAAAUUCUUUUCUAAUAUAUCCAGUCUUAAAAUCACCGGUGGAAUCGAUGGAUUUAUAAAAGAUGCCACAUCUAUCGUUCCAGUACCGUCCUUGAAGAAAUUGUACAAUGAUAAACUUAAAACUUCGAAAGUAUGGAAAAGCGUUGUGGAUGAAGUUACGUCAGAUAAAUAUCAUGGCUUCUAUCAUUACAUAUUCGAUAACUCAUAUUAUCGAAGUCUCGAACAAAAUGCUAUAAACGGUGGCCUGAACAAAGUUUCUUUCCGUACUUAUUUACCUAUAUUAAUUGUAGCUUCUAUAAUUUAAAGCUAUAAAUAGAACGAUUGAGAUUUUUUUUUUUAUUAAAGAAUCAAAUAUAUUUAUUUUGCAUUUAAAA